GCCUCCGUCCUCUGCCGCCCUGCUCUUCAGGCCCAGCUCGGAGACUGUGGGUCUCCAUGACAACCAGAGGCUUGGAGGAUCUGGAUGGGGGCCUGGGCAGCUGCCUCCCCAGCGAUGAGUUUCCGUUCCUGGAGGAGCCGUGCUCAGGCCGGCGGCCCGACGGCAAGGCACGAGGGGCAUCCAGGCCGGCUGACGCAAGUGGCUGGACACAUGUCCUCCAGGCCCCAGAGACUGCAGGCGCUGCGGGAAAGGAGCUCGCGGCCCAGGAGGCUCCGGGAACCAGCAAAGGGAUGCCCAAAGCGGGGACAAGUCCCCGGAGCGUUCCCGCGCGCAGGAAGUUGCAGGCUGCGCCUCCCCUGAAGCCGCCGCCGCCGCCGCCGCCGCCCAGCGACGAGCUGCCCUGGGGGGACCUGACGCUCAACAAGUGCCUGGUGCUGGCCUCGCUGGUGGCGCUGCUGGGCUCGGCUCUCCGGCUGUGUCAGGACGCCCUGGCAGGGGAAGUGCCGGCGGCUGCCCCUCACCAGUGGGUCCCGCCGGGUCCUCCACCUCGGAAGCCAGAGGCGCCCGCGCCUCAGCCCCAGCUCUCGGUGCCUCCAUCCGGGCCUCCUGCGCCCGAGCCCGCGCCGCCCGGGCCGCCCGGGCCCCAGGCACAGAAGCAGGACAAGCCUGAGGCUACAGCAGCACGGGGUGAGCCUGGGGGGGCCCCCCCGGAGGCCUCUGGGGAGGAGCGCGCACCCCUAGGAGACCGAGGGUCCCCGGAGAGGCCGCGGAAGGAGAAGCCAAGGGCAGGAGAGAAGCUGAAGAAGGAGAAGCCGGGGAGGGAGAAGCCCAGGAGGGAGGAGAGGCGGCGGGCCAGCAGGGAGCCCGGCCCGUUCCUGUCCCGGCGCUGGGAGGCGCGCGCAGGAGGCCGUCGGCCGCGGGACUCCAGGCAGCUGGAGCGUGAGAGGCGGCAGGCCUGGGCUCCCCGGCCGCGCCGUGACCGUGACAGCCGGCCCAGGCAGAAGCCCCGAGGGGGGAAGGGGCGCGACUGAGCCCGCCCUGUCCUCCUCGCCCUCAUGCGCGAAUCCCGCGUCCCCUCUCCACGCAGC